CUCAAAUGUCUGACAUCCAAUAGCCUGUGAUUAAUAAAUCAAUGUGUUCCAGUUGUGUCGUUAAACAAAACAAAUUUUAACGUUCAUCCAUCCAUCACGCAUACAUUGUUCAUAUGAAUUAAAAUUCGGAUAAUGAAGACCUUAGUAACGUAUUACAGUUUUAUAAGUAGUUAUUAUUUUUCAUUCUUUAAAAUUAAUUUAUAAAUCAUUAAAUAUUUGAGUGGUAAUUUUCAACAAAAAUACCCUAACAAAAAACAUUUAAUAUAGGAAUUUAAAGCAUUAUAUAUAUUAAAAUGACCUACAUUGUCCUUUUGUCUCGCACUAUCCUACGACAGUCUUUGCAUAUAACCUAUAUCAACAAAUUUCGCCCGAAUAUUUGCACAAACACUUCAUAAUAUUGACUUAAUAGCGAAGUUGGGUCAAGUGAUACCCGUCGUUCAGUGUAAAAAAUGCCUUUUAACCGGACGGGCUGUAGUAAAAUUUCAAUGUAGCUUCUAUACGUUUUUAAAUAAAUUAAAUAUAAGGCGACCACGAAGCCAUUUACACAUUUUAUGGUACUUGGAAACCAACUUGGAGCGUAUGCUGCCUAAUAUAUUUCAAUCCUUCACUGGGAGCUUUGUAAUUUCGUCUAGUUUUAUGUUUGAUGUGACAUACUUGAUAAACCAAACAAACUACUAAACUUUGUAACUUUUUCAGUUUUUGAAAACAUUCGAGUUGGGAAGAAGUAUUCAGUUAUUUGACAAGCUACGCAGAGGAAGCUAUUUCUCGUGUACAGAGGUCACACCGAAAAUGAGCGUUCAGGGAAGAAAGAAUAAUGCGAUAACUGAACAAGGUGGUUUAAAUUCAGAACUGAAGAAGCAGAAAUCGUGGUCGGAUAAAAUGAGUGAAAAAAGUUACGAUACGAGAAGUUCUCUCAACAGAAGUGGCGCUACUAGUCGAUUCGGAAGACUUCGGAGCCGUUUGAAGACACUGGCUGCUCUCGGGUAUUCGAGAAAUUUCAGAAACAUUGAAGAAUCCGUUAGCCUUCAGCCCACAUAUAAGAUGGGUCCUGACUGCAAUCAGGUAUUUUCCGUAGAAAACGCCAAACACAUAAUUCACGGCGUCUUGGAAGCGUACCUUAAAGGCAAGGACUACGACGCCAAACGAUUCGCGAAUCUGAGCCGGACACUGGCGGAGCUUAUCAAAGAACGAGUGAAGAAUUCCGGCAUCUCCCGAUACAAGAUCGUGGCGUAUGUCACCAUCGUGGAAAAGAAUGAGCAGUGCUGCAACCAUGGCAGUCGCUGUUUGUGGAACGUCAGCACCGACAACUACGCGACGUCAGUUUACGAAACAAAACAGUUCACUGCCGUUGGAUUAGUUUUUGCUGUGUAUUUUGACUGAUAUUUCAGCAUAACGUACUUGUCACAUUCAAAAUGAAACAGUGUUGUCCCAUUGGAUCGUUUUUUCUUCUUUGUAUUUAGAAUGAUCUUUCAGUUAUAACAGAACAUAUAAUUGCCACAGUCAAAAAGAAACAAUGGUCUUCCGCUGGAUUGGUUUAUUGCUGUAUAUUUAUUGUUAAUAAUGUAACAUUACACAAUUGCAGUAUUCAAAACGAACCAGUUUUAUGCAAUUAGAUAUGAUUUUGCUGUAUAUUGUUACUAAUAUUGUACCGUAACAUAAUUGCCAGAUUCAAAAUGAAACUUUUAUGAUAUGGGAUAGGUUUUUACUGUAGGUUUAACAUACAUGUAAUUAUAAUAUACAUUUAGAGAAAUAGGUUCAGAGGCAGAUAUAAGGGUGGGGGGCAGGGGCUCGCCCCCCCCCCCCUAAAUUUUGUGAGUUAUAAUUUUAUUAUACAUGUAUAUUAAUUUUUAAAAUUUUUACGAUCCCUCUCCAAACCUUCCCCAAAGUUCCAUUGACAAUCCACCUCAUGUCAUUGCCCCCCCCCCCCCCCCCUGGAUUUUCUGGAUCCGCCACUGAGGUUUAUGCCCCUGGUUUGGUUUGUGUUGUAUAUUUGAACAUAACGUAAUUACCACAUUCAAAACGAAAUAGUGUCAUCUGUUGGAUUAGUUUCCACUGUGUAUUUUCGCCGAUACUUAACAUAACUCAUCUUAUCUAACGAACCACGUUUUGUUUUUGUCAUAUAUUUUGACAGUUCUAGCUUAAACAACUAGCACGUAUAUCCUGGUAUAUAGGUCAAACUAGGUACUACUAACAUUCUGUUGGAUUUACUAGUGACUCGGGUUUGUCUUUUUUUUCACAUAACAGUCUGUAAAAUGUUAAGUAACUUAUUUUGAUAAAAUUAAACUCUCGGAAUUAUACGUAUAAAUCACAGUUUGCUAUGGAAUCAACGUCUAUUUUGUUCCAUUACUUCUAAUGGCACAUCGGCCUCGGUGGCGCAGUGGUUAAGCCAUCGGACUACAGGCUAGUAGGUAAAGGAUUCGCAACCCGGUACCGGCUCCAACCCAGGUAGGUAGGUGCAAGGCCACUACACCCUCUUCUCUC